GAGUUGUAUCAUAUAUUGGUGUGCUGAUCCCAUUCAGGCCCCUUCUUUAUAAUGGGGAGGAAGGUGAGGCUUUGAAGAGAUAUUUGCUACUGCACCUCCUGUUUUGUCCUUACUGAUGACAAGAGAGUCUCCUAAGACAUCUAGAGUAUUAAUGAACCUUUCUUUAAAGAAUUCCAAACUUGUUUACUGGGUCCUUCAGGCUUGGGCUGCUUUUGUUGGCACACUGGCAGAAAAAAUGUGUUAGAAUCCAAGUCCAACCAAAUGAAGGGGAUGCAACUAUCCUGACUACAUCUAGAAAAGACUCUAUCUUAAACCAGUUAAUCAGAAGCUUGAGGGAUAGGACGGUCACCCGCAAGGGAGAAUGCCAUUUGGUAAAUGAAGGUGCCGAGAAGUCGGGCUAAGUCACCUUCAGCCAUGGUCCCGAGCUCAGAGUAUUCGAGAGGCAACACAGAUGGCCUGGGUCACGUGGAUGUCCAUCGAGAACAAACCGUUGUAUUGGCCUCCAGGACCGGACCUGUUACAGCGGAAGCUCCAACAGGGCUAGGGCAUUGUCUUUCAACAAUGAAGAAAAUCAGCACUUCCUACUGACUGGAAGACCCCAAGGUGAGGAUGCAGGGGAAACAAUUCCUUCACUGCUGGGCCAGGUUCCAUGAGAAAUGAGGAAAAAUUCUGCCAAGGCUGAAAACUUGGAUCCUGGGAGUUAUCUCAGUGACCCUCUGGUUGUUGAAAAACUCGGUGAGAUUGAAGCUAUACCACAAGGGGCAAUGACUAGAAAUGGGAACCCUGAGCCCCACCAUCCUCUGAGGAGAUCUCAGACGUGGCCCCAAGCAGCAGGUAAGCAAGACCCAGGUUUAAUUUCCAAAGGGCCCAGGGGCUCUGGGAAGGUACAUCAGUACCUACUCCCCUGUUCUCCUGCUAUACCAAUAGCAAGGACUGAUGAUAAAGGCCCAUAAAUGUGACCCAUUGCUGGCCUUGUAGAAUGAUCGUAUGGACAAGUCUGAUAUCAGCAAGAGAAGCAAAGCAAAUCCUCUGAGUGAGAAGGUCUCCAAACAAGAACCAGCUGUAGGGAAUAUUGGGAGUUCACUGUCUCUGAAAGGAUUUAGAAAUAUUCUGGGCAUUCAGGGAGAGAUGAUGUGGGAUGGAGGUGCGGCAUAUUUGCAGUCUAGACUUCCAGCAAAUAAGACAAUCCCCUCUUUGCGGUCAGGCCACACUCCAUUAUUUGACACGACCCAGUAUCCCUUCCGUGACUUGCUGCAUGAGGUAUUGGAGAGCUGUGGCCGAUGCACCCGGAAGCAUUGGAAGGAGACACAUCAGAGACCAGAUAGUCAGCCACCAAAGUGUAAGACCGAUGAGAGAAGAGACAGGAAGAGCCAUUUUCAGCUUCACUGGACAUUUGUUAAGGAAAUGUUAUUCCUUUUGACACCAUGGUGCUUCAUAUCUAAACAAACUCAUGUUGUUGGAUGAAUCUUCCCUAAUUCCCUAACAAUGUUCUAGGCAAAACGUGUAGUGACAAUAUGUUUUCUGGCAGUCCUGAGUUUAUUUUUGUUCCUGCACUGUCCUACUCCUGCCCAACUCAGAUUAGCAGACUGUCCUCAGUACUGUGUUCUUUCUUUUUAUAAUGAUUAGACAAUUUAAGAGUUCUUAGAGUGAAUAUGUUGGAGCCGAAACGCACCCUAGCACAGUUUGUUUGCAACCCUGGAGCCUAGAUUUGUUUUAACCCUCUGGAGGGUUGCUACCGAAGGUUUGGCAGGAAUGAUUUCCUUUCAUUUCAGUUGUCUUUGCAGAGCUCUGGUUCUAGGGGUUUUAACUGCAAAACAGCUUUCUGGGAGCAGUGUUAUUCUUUUUGUGGUUAACAUUUUGAACUAGUCAAUCAGCAUCCAUAUAUCUGUAGAUCUGUGUACAUAUACAGAUAUGUAUAUGCUUGUGUAUAUAGAUACAUCUCUAUUUUUAUACUUAUUCUAAACAAAUACAUAUAGUAUUCAGUUCUCUACCCACUAUGUGAUAUUUGUUUAGAAAACAUACAAAAUAAUUUGAAUCAGCAUGUGUUGAAUACUUACUGUGUGCAGAGCAUUGGUACUAAGCGCUUAGAAGAGUACAAUAUAAGAGUGGAAUUACCUCUUAUUCAUUUUGAAGAUAUUCCAGGUGACAUUAAGGGGAUAGGACCUGCUCAUGGCUCUUGAAAUAAAUACAUUUGCAUUCAAUUAAUUUUUUUGCAAGUUUGUGUCAUUUUUGUGAAAUGUGGCUUCUCUUCCCUCUGGUGAUGGAGACCAAAUGUACUGUUCAGUCAAGGAGAGAAGAGGGUUGGAGGUGCAGAGAAUGUGCAGCACUGUUGGGCUGAACAUUCCAAGCUUUCCUAUAGCUAGGGGUGUUUCCUGUUUGAACUUGUCUCCUGUGUUGUUAAUCUGUAAUAUGUCCUGUCAUGGAUAACUGCUCUAAUGGGCCAAGCUGAUGAUCAGGAGGCAUAAAUACUCUGGGAAAUGACAGCUCAUUCCAUUCCAAGGAGGUGGAACUUGAAGGACAAAACUCAAGCUUGAGUCUAAGGAUGAACAGUAAGUUCUUUACUCACAGCGGUAUUUAUAUGUAGAUGAAAGAUAUUUGUUUCAGUGAUUCUAGAUCUUUGGCGUUUUGAUUUUUUUCACUUUCGGAGCAGGGCGGUGGGGAUGAUCUUGGCAUUGAUUUGAACAUGAUGGGCCAAGAGGCAGCAACUGAGGAAACAAUCUGGCCAGUAAUUUACCACACUUAAACUCCUUUGCUCGCUUGGGAAACCUAAAUAAGCUGGCUUUAUUAUUAUUGCUUGGAUUGUCAGAAACUGUGUUAAUCAUUUAAGUUGAUAAAGCAGAAUAUAGGCUCUUUUCUGAAAGCAAAAGUUUUCUCUUUUCUCUUAUGGAGACUCCUGCCCUGUUGGAGAAACGGGCCAAACUAAGGCAUUCCAGGAGCUUGUUCCCAUUGAAACAGAUUAACAGAUGUCAGUUUCAUUAAACCUAACAUCUUUUUGCCAAAAGCUGGCAUUUCAUGCCUACAGUUUGAAAAGUAAGGAGUCAUUCCUGAUGGCCAGCUGUGUAUCAGCACUUUUCUUCUCACCAGCCACCAGUGUACCAGGAAGGAGGUAAUGUUGUAGUCUUUUUUGAAUUCUGAAUCGUGUGGUUUUCAGUCAUCAAAGAAAGUAGAAUUAGGCUCUCAGAAUUGUCUUUACUGUCUGUGAGAUAGCACGGCUAGCCUCUUUGACUCUAUGGUGCCUCGGUUAUUCAAAACUACAUUGGCAUGCAUGACUCUGAACGUGUAAAUGUGAAGAUGUGGAUAGAGGGUUAGCUGGCAUCAUUAGUGGAGGGGAAGCUGGCAAUUUAAGUCGGGUGGAUGUGUGAAAUGUAGCACUGUUCCGUUGGAUGUAGGAGCUGGAUAGAAAUGACUAGUUAAUGAGACCGGGAAUUCAGGCAGAACAGCAGCUCUGCCUUGUGGGCUGGUGGCCUGACACUAUCUAACCAUCUGUAUUUCUUCUGUCUCUUUUCCUCCUUCCUCUAAGUGAACCCUGUUUUACACAAACAUUUCCUUUUUUCUGGUUCUUGGAUUGACUUCCUCUCUCUGAAAAGAACAAAGGAGAACUCAGCCUUCACACACACACUGACUUUGAUUCACCCAUUGCUGCCUUAUUCUCACUUUCUUUAAACCUCAUUCUUUCCCUGUGUUGGCAGCAGAAAAGAGGGGAAAGAGGAGGAAGCUGAGGAGGGAAAACAUCUUCCCCUGUAAGAGUGGCAGGAAGAACUUUUUCUUCACAAUCCUUCCUUUCUUCUGCUCAAAGGGAUAAAGGAAAUGGGGGCAAAAGGCACAUUGCUGUUCAACUCAGCUCUCUCACCCCAUAAUUUUUUAAUGGAAGUGCUAACCCGGCCAACUUACCUGCACCUACCAGGUUCUAGUCAUCAGGUCUACCUUCAACUGCCAGGUAGGUUUAGUGGAGAAAGCAGUAAGAAGAGAGACCCUGGAGACACCCGAAUAUGGUGGAGGGAAGUUGUAUACUCACCCCAGAGUGCAGAGCAAUUAUGAGGCUAUUGCUGUUCAAAGGUUAUCUCCCUUUUCCAUAUCUAGCCAGAAGCUAUUGCUUUUUAUUAAUUUUCUCCCUUUUAGGUUCCCCCUCCACCAGCAUGGUUCUCCAGGAUUGCUCUUGUUGUGCUAGAGUUUGUGGCUGUCAGCCUUAAGGCUCACUUCAAGGAGCUUAUAACCUAGUGAAGGAAACAAGUAGACACAAAUUAUUUACAAGUAGUGGGAGCUGGGAAUUGGAAGGUGGUAAUAGCAGGAGUCUGGAUAGAUGACUGAGAGAAUAAGUAGCAUCCAUAAAUCAGUAUAUAAUAUUGCUGUGCCACAAUGAUUUUGCCUCUCGGUGAGAUGGCCAUAUAAUCAAUUUGUUUUGUUAUUGACCUCACCAUACCCCAGUGGAAACUGAAUACAUGCAUUAAGGAUAAAAGUUGUGUGAAUCAUAGGGAUCGUUAUGAAAUUCCUGGAGUUUUACAAGCUAAAAACAGUCCACUGAUGAGGGCUUCUAUCGGACUUUCCAGCCAUCCAGUGAAACAGGUUGUAGACUGUGGAAGUCACCAAACCAAAGGCCCUGCCAUAAAUGAAGGUGAAUUUGAUUGGUGGGUGUUCGUUACAGGCGCUGAACUGCUCUUCAAUGUCCUCCUGUUGCUGGGGUGGCGGAUGGCCUGGUCUUGUCCUCUCAACUGCAAAUACUGUGCUACAGGGUUGGCUGAAUGUGAGCAGGUGUCUGUGCUGCAGCAAGUAUUGACCAGCAUACCCUCUUCCACCGAGAAGAUGUUGUUACGCCACGGGAACAUGAGUGAAAUACCCCCCGCCUCUUUUCAGAACUUUUCUGAGCUCCACUUGCUGUCCAUGACUGGAUUUCUGUUGUAUUCCCUCCCUAACGGGACUUUUGCCACCAACGGGAGCAGUAAGCUAAGAAGCCUGGAUCUCAGCCACAAUCAGCUGCAGAGCUGUGGAAUAGGGGAAGCUGCUUUCUCAGGACUCAGGGCCCUUGAGGAGCUGAUUCUCAUGGGCAACCUCUUGGACUCCUUGAAGAAGUCUUGGUUCUUGGACACCGGCCUCCUACGGAAACUCCUCCUCUCCAAGAACAGGCUGUCCUACCUCCCUCCUCGGAUAUUUGAGCGUUUAGCCCAGCUGGAGGACCUCUCAGUGUCGUCCAAUCUCAUCCGGUAUUUGUCCACAGACACGUUUUAUGGCCUGACCUCUCUGUCCCAGGUGGAUUUGUCCAGCAACGAGAUUCUGUUCAUCGACCACGAUGUCUUCAGUCCUCUGAGGGCCCUGAAAGAGCUGCUCCUGCUGAGGAAUAAAUUGGUGACCCUGCCCAGCCUCCCAGAGUCGGUAAGCGCCUUGUCGCUCCAAGAAAAUCCUUGGUCUUGCAACUGCGUCUCGGUCGCUGCCUUCCAGCUGCUGGGAGAGAAAGUUCAGGACCUGAAGAGCGUCCUCUGCCACAGUCCAGAACGCCUGAGGGGCCGACUAGUCCUGAGCGUAGGACCUGAAGUCUGCGUCACUACGACUCCAGCUGCACCCCUCCCACUGCCACCUCACUCCACAGACCUGAGUGUGCUCUAUGGCUUUGCAGGGGGUCUUUCCUUCCCUCUGCUUGCAUCCCUCAUUGUCUACUGCGUCUGGAAGCCCUGGAAGCAGAGCAGAGCAACCAAUCCAGAGGGAUAUGGCCAGCGCCUUCAGGCUGAUUGGCAUGAGGACUCACAGAAAGUCUGCUCCAGGCCUAGGUUUGCCUCUCCUCUGCCACUCCCCGGGACUAGAACUGCAGAGAAGAGGCAAGCAGUGGACUCACUUGGCCCAGCCUAUUCUGAUCCUCCAACCUGGCCACCCGCCCCUGGAGGAAGGCCUUCCGGAUGGGGAGAAGAGAAGAGAGAAGUAAUGGGACAUCUCCACCCAGGUUCCAUCGUGCCCUCGGUGGCUGGAGAAGGUGCCCGGGGAGCAAAUGUGAUGUCCAGAUCUGUGAGUGCUCCUGGCUCUCUCUACACCCUAGAGGAGAAGCUUUUAAAGAGAGAUUCCAGGGACUGCAGCACACUUGUCAGACACGAAAGACCAGACUGGACAAAUGAUACAGACCCAGGAGUGCCUGGCUCAGUCAAGUAUUUUGAGACACACCAGGAGGAGACAGCUGUGAAGCCCAAGACAUGGGCUUGUGUGACUCAGACUGCUCUGGCCUCUUCGAUCAGUUCAGUUUCUCAAAUGGGAGAUCCUAUUGUGGCCCAUACAGCUUUGAACAGGAGGAGGAGGACCUGGAGUAGCUUUCAUUGUGAUGCCUUUAACCAUACACAGGUGCCCCAAAGCAACAGGGAGCACUGGGAAACAGAAACAGCUGGCAAGGAUGUACAGGGCCAUUCAGACAGGGGUGCAGCCCAACUACCUAAUGUGGAGGCCUGCUUAGAAAGAGGGGAGCAUCCUGUCACGAGCUUAGAAGAUUACAAGGGUGGUAAGGCAGGUGAAGAUGUGCGCCUGCAACAUGAGCCAUCAGUCACCCCUGAUGGUUUUCUUCCACCUGCUUCCCAGAAACAUGAGAACUCUGUCUCCACUAAAUCCUCCAAAGCAGCAUUCACUCAUGGACCAAUUCAACCAGAAGAUCUCGCUGAGAUGUGUCCAGCUAUUGGUGUGAAGGACCUUGAGUUUACCCCACUGAAAGGACAUUCCCGGGUUCCACCUUUCUGUGAAGCCCAACCAGAGUUCUUCCUCCCCAGUGAAAAACUUACAAGGGAGAGAUUCUGGAAAUACCACACAAAGUGCUGUGAUGACUAUCAGCCCUGCCCAACUGCCAAAAAAGCACUAAAGCAGCUGAAGGAGGUGGCCCUGAGCUUCUCUCAGCCCUUCCCUAAGGGGGCUGCCCCAGCUCCACCUUCAGAUAUGGAUCAUCUUAAAGGUAACGCUAGGGUUACAGCUAAUCUCUUUGUUCAGCUUGCGCAGAGAAGGAAAACCCAGAGGACGGAACCACCACCCUGGAAGUGACCAAGCCAUCACGAGUGCCAGAAAACCCCUCCCCAGAUCCAAUCAGGCAGGAGUUAUUACUCUUUGGGGAAGUCGUCCCUUGAUUUGCCAUUGGCAGGGUGGAGAGUGGGAGACCUGAAAUCCCCAUAGAUUACCCAACCUUAUUUGAUCUCUACUUUUCAACCUCCUGUUUUCCUCGGUUCAGAGAAGUCAAAUGAACUGAUUUGAAUUCCCCACCCCGGUCCCAUUUUGGCAAAAGUAACAGGCUUGGGGAUGAGGGAAAGCAUGGGCCCUUGAUGAAUCCUUAUACCUCCAAAAUAAUAUGAAAGUUGGCUGCAUCUGUGGUGCUUCAGCUGAGGAUCAUUAGCUUUUUAGACUAGAUAUCCAGGAUGGGGUUUCUGAGAGGCAGUGCAUCUGUCUCAAAUGUAAGGCAAGCUCUUUUCUUACCUUCAGGAUAAAGAUAUCAACAGCUUUUGUCUGUCAUGCUGUCAGUCUCUCUUGUUUUUGUGCAAAAUCCUGCAGGACAAGGAUCUCAUUCAGCCUCCCCUCCCCCAGAUCCAUGUGACAAGGAGUCCUCCGUUAAGAGCCAGACCAAUAGAAAUGUCAACAACAGUAGAACUGCUUGCUGCUCAGACCUGCUCAGAGACAACACCCCUUCCUGCCGACCUCCUCCACAACUAGCCCUCGAGCUCCACCCACCUGGAGGAGGGUCUGUUGAAGGGACUGGGCCGCACAUGGAGAUGUUGAUUCACGAGGACUUACCCAGAAGUUGGGGAAGUGCGGGGCUGGAAGAGGCUGUAGAAACAGGAAGUAUAUUAUACAGGGAGCAAGGAGAAACUGGCAUGGAAAGUAGGAAUGGAGAACCAGGUAAAUCACUUGCACCCAGGCAAGCUGGGGCCCCCAGCAUGGAGUUAAGGGAAUUCUGUGCAUUUCCUCUGAACCUCACCUUACAGAAUGAGCAGCAGCCCAGCAGGACUGCCUCAGCUCCCUACAGAUUGGUCAGAAAGGUCUAAGUACCUCGCCAUUUCCUUUGCCCAAAGCAGGUCUUCGGAAGGAGGAACAGCUCGGUCUCCUGCAAUGGGAGAAAAGCCCAAAUCCACUAGGAGGACAAAACGUGGGGUGGGGUUUGCUCCAUGUGGAAGAGGAUACACAGUUGGCUAUUCUCCAGGGCACUUCCAGGGAGCUGGAGCCUGACCCUCAGCCGGGCAGGGUCCCCCUGGGUCUCAGAGGCAACCACUGGAACUCUCUGCAUGCCAAAGCGGCAGCACACCUGGAAGUCACAUCUACAAGUUCCACCCUCUUGGCUCUUAACCCUAGAGAAAGUGAGGGACUCACGGGUAGUGAAGACCUUCAUGAAACUGGGCCUCAACCCACCCCUGCUGCCAGCACUAGUGGAAGGAUGGAGCUGGGCAGCAAACGUCACUUGGGCAGCCCCAGGCAAAGGAGAGCAUGAAACAUGAGGGUAACAAACGAUUUCUUGAAGGACAGCUUGACAUCGGUGGGGUCAGCCCAGGCUUCAACAGAAGACAUCUCUCGUGUCCUACGGCCUCGCCAGGGACUUGCCCGGAAGAUCAGCCUCUUGCUCAAGGCCACACCAGCUUCCUGCAUCAGAAGGCAACUGAUCCCAACUGGAGGGACUAUCAGCCAAACACUUAAAGAAAGUCUAUCACUCAGUUUUCAGACUCCCUACCCAGGAGCCCACAGGUGGAGAACCAGGAAGGCAGGAAGACUGGUGGACAAAACCAACUGCAACCACUCAAGUCCCUUGCCCCACUGGCCCGUCCAAGAGAGAAACUGACCCACACUCCCAGGCCUUGGACCCCGAGACCCUGCGCAAACCAGGUUGCUUAAGGCUGCUUUACAGUAGAUCCCUUCCAAGAAAAUCAGCAUCUAAUGUAUUUCGCUCAUUCAGCCAGA